CGCAGCCCUAUAAAUCGAACAGCGGAUCAACAGACUUCAGAAAUUCAGAGCCUUGCAUCGGAGAGGCGGCGGAGAGACUGGGAGCUGUCCAGCUAUUUUUGUUCUUGGGAGGUUUUUGUUGUUUGAUUUCUUUGGGUGUUUAAAAGUCAACUCAACUGGAAGCUUCUGCAUUACAACAUAUAGGGGGUAAAACCUGCAGAAAACGGGAAGCUCUACAGUUCUCAAGUAGAAAUUCUAUAAAUAGAUUUUUUUUGUUUGUUUGUUUAGUGUACACUAGUUGUAAUGUGUUGCAGUAGCAACUCGAGAAAUCAAGCGAGAGGACCUUCAAAGCUGGAAGCUGUCCGGUGCUGAAUUACAUCGAAUGAGCGUCACUAUAAAGGAGCUAUCCAGUGCUGAAGUUGCAUUUCUUCACAGCAGAAAGCGGCGUUGCAGCACAGCAGCCCCGUCACAGCAGUACUAGAGAGCUGGUUUAUAUAUCCUGAUCUGUCACUGGAAUUUCAUCGCUGCACGACCACAGAGCUGUAAAACAGUCUGCACCAACGCUGCAAGAACAGAGACAUUCAGUGCUGAACGGGCAUUUUUCUUCUUUUUUUUUUUUGUUUCUCUUUUUUUGCAGCAGAAAAGAAAGAAAACAAAAACAAACAAAAAAACAAAAAAACAAAAAACAAAAAAAAACAUGCCAAGGUCUUUCCUGGUUAAAAAGGUCAAGCUCGAUGAUUUUUCAUCUGCUGAUCUCGAACGCUCCUAUGGUAAAUCCAGAACGGAUAUUAGCGUACGACUACACGAAAAAGGAUACAUCAGCGAAUACAUCACCCCGUCUGUCUACGAUGGAGAGAAUGACAGUGCCAUUAAAGUGCCCUCUCCUGAGCCCAUCUACAGUGGUGUGCAUGGAGAUUACAGAGCCCCGGAUUCAGAUCAGCCAGACAGCCCCCACUCGGAGAUCACAUCUGGUUACAUCAAUGGAGACAAUGCCGUGAGUGAAGGUUAUACAGUAGAUGCCUUCUUCAUCACGGAUGGAAGGUCAAGGAGGAAAGUCAUCAGCAGCCCCAGGACCAUCCAGCGCCAUACUUGCAAUGAGUGUGGAAAGACCUAUGCCACGUCUUCCAACUUGAGCCGGCACAAGCAAACCCACCGCAGCAUGGACAGCAAGAUGGCCAAGAAGUGCCACACCUGCGGAAAGAUCUACGUGUCCAUGCCGGCCAUGGCCAUGCACUUGCUGACCCAUGACCUCAAGCACAAGUGUGACAUCUGUGGCAAAGCCUUCAGCAGACCAUGGCUGCUGCAGGGUCACAUGAGGUCACACACGGGUGAGAAGCCAUUUGGAUGUGCCCACUGCGGGAAGGCGUUUGCUGACCGCUCCAACCUCCGUGCCCACAUGCAGACUCACUCUGCUUUUAAGCACUACAAAUGCAAGAGAUGCAACAAGACCUUUGCCCUCAAGUCCUACCUAAACAAGCACUAUGAGUCCGCCUGUUUUAAGGGCACAUUCUCGCCUUUGAGUCCACUUGAAGAUUGACUUCAAUAUUUAAGAACCUCUUCU